AUGGCAUCGACAGAGACACCGACGGUACCCUUCUUCAAGAAGAAAGGCAAAGCUCGACCGACAACUGCGCGUAAACGCUCUACAUCUCCUUCUGUUGCGCAGAUAGAGACAGCGUCGUCAUCGAAAUCCCAAGUGACGACUGACUUGGAUGCACCCGAAAGAGAAGGCCCUGACGUCAAGUGGACAUCGUCAGGCUCUCACGUCAAUGCUGCCCUAGACAUCAUAGCUGGAGAUGAACUAGAAGAGCUGGAGGAGAAGAGGCGGCUAAAGGAGAAGGCAGCAGCUGGGAGCGACGACGAGAUACCAGAUGAUGGACAGUAUCGGGGGCAAAGUGCGUACAAGAGCCACCUGAAGAAGAACAAAGAGGUGCCCAAAGCCAUGAGGGUUGGACCCCAACGCAGCACAAACACGAUUCGGACGGUUACAAUCGUGGACUACCAACCGGACGUAUGCAAGGAUUACAAAGAAACUGGUUACUGUGGUUUCGGCGAUACUUGCAAGUUCCUCCACGAUCGCGGAACUUAUCUCGCUGGUUGGCAGUUAGAUCAAUUAGCUGAAAAACCCAAAAAACAAGUCGAGGACGAGUCUUCUGGAUCCGAUUCGGAUGAUGAAGAUGUUCCUUUCGCCUGCUUAAUUUGCCGGAAACAUUACACAGAUCCUAUAGUUACUCGUUGCGGACACUACUUCUGUUCGGCCUGCGCCAUCAAACGUUUCGCAAAGACUCCCAAGUGUGCCGCAUGCGGUGCACCUACAGGUGGAAUGUUUAACCGAGCAGAUAAGGUCAUAGCAAAGAUGAACAAGAAGAGGCAGGAGAAGGGGGAUCAAUCUGACGGCGAGAAUGAUGAAGGGGAAGGCGUUGAAAUUGAGGGACUAGGUGACGAGAGCGGGAAUAAGAAAGGCCAUGAUGGAUCUAACAGUGAUUCCGAUGAGGACUCCGACCAGGAUUGAGAUCCCCCCACUAACCGAGGAAGCGGGUAUGUAACCGCGUUGGAAAUAAAACAACCUAGCAUUCAUGUUCAUGAACU